GAACGCGUUUGUGCCGUAGGGAUCAUGGCGAGCGACGGACCGCCAGGCUCUGCAUCUCAGCCGGAUUUUAACACAUGGACUCAUGGCGACCUACAGGCCAAACUGGCAGAGUUUGCUGCUCCUAAUAUAGGUCCUAGAGAGGAGCUCAUAGACCGACUUUCAGCUUAUGCUCAAUCUGGGAUGAUCAUGUCUAAACCAAACAUGCCAGGAGGGGACGACAAGGGAAUGACUAUGAUGCCAGGGCUGCCACCCAUGCCCCCGAUGCCCUCCAUGCCCCUGCCGCCAAGUAUGAACUUAAUGCAGAGCAUGAACAUGAUGGGCGGCCCUCCACCUAUUCACUUGGGCAUGGAGUCAUCAGGCAUAAUGCACCAUGAUGACAGAGGCACUCAGGGGGAUCCACGAGGGAUGGAUGAACAGAUGAAGGAACAUGAGCUCUUGGAGCAGCAGAAACGGGCUGCGGUACUAUUGGAACAUGAAAGACAACAGGAACUGGCUAAAAUCCAUCAGGGUGGACCACCUGGCCCCAGAGGUCCCGAGCUGGGACCCCGUCCCAACCUUCUGCCCCCCCUUCCCCCUCUCCGAGUUGGUACACAGACAGGCCCGAGCCAUCCAGGUGCGUCCGUGGCAUCUCAGUCUGCGAGGCAGAAAGUCCCCCCCCCUCCAGGAGAGGAUGGCAGAGAGGGGUGGCAGGGUGAAGAUGUUGGCAUCGGACCAAAGAUCCCUCAAGCUCUAGAGAAGAUUUUGCAACUGAAGGAAAUAAGACAGGAACAGCUCAGCACUGCCCCUACAGAAGAUGAUUAUGAUGAUGAUAUGGACCUAAAGAAUUCUGCCCGUGCACACUCCGAUGAGGAUGACGAAAACGUUCUUUCUAAAAAAGAGAAGAACCGCAAGCGCAGGAACCGAAAGAAGAAAAAGAAGCAGCAGCAAGAGCAGGAGAAGAAACGGGAGGAGGACAAGAAGACAGAAGAGAACCAAGAGAAGGAGCCUGAGGUUGAGAUCGAGUACGUCACAGAGAACCUGGAGAUCUACGACCCGAACUACAUCUUCUUCAAGAGGGUCUUUGAGGCAUUCAAGCUGACAGAUGACGUGAAAAAGGAAAAGGAAAAAGAGCCUGAGAAACCAGAGAAGCCCGAAAUACUUUCUUUUAAGAAGAAGGGAUUUGAGCUGGAGAAGAAAGAUAGCGAUGACAGUGACGAGGAAACCAGGAAGGACAUGCCCAAGCUGUCCAAGAAGAAGCUCAGGAGAAUGAACAGACUCACAGUGGCCGAGCUCAAACAGUUGGUUACCCGUCCUGACGUGGUGGAGAUGCACGACGUGACCGCUCAGGAGCCCAAACUGCUAGUACACCUAAAGGCAACCCGGAACACGGUGCCUGUGCCGCGUCACUGGUGCUUCAAGAGGAAGUAUCUGCAGGGCAAGAGAGGCAUAGAGAAACCACCCUUUCAACUGCCUGAAUUCAUCAGAAGAACCGGUAUCCAGGAGAUGAGAGAGGCCCUGCAGGAGAAGGAAGACGCGAAAACCAUGAAGACCAAAAUGAGAGAAAAAGUUCGUCCCAAGAUGGGGAAGAUUGACAUUGACUACCAGAAGCUACACGAUGCCUUCUUCAAAUGGCAGAUCAAACCAAAGCUCACGAUACACGGCGACCUGUAUUACGAGGGUAAAGAGUUUGAGACACGUCUGAAGGAGAAGAAACCUGGGGAUCUUUCAGAUGAGCUGAGAAUCGCUCUGGGGAUGCCCACAGGCCCUAACUCUCAUAAAGUUCCUCCGCCAUGGCUGAUCGCCAUGCAGAGAUACGGUCCCCCACCCUCGUACCCCAACCUGAAGAUCCCCGGCCUUAACGCCCCCAUCCCUGAUAGCUGUUCGUUUGGGUAUCAUGCUGGUGGCUGGGGCAAACCUCCUGUGGAUGAGACAGGAAAGCCUCUGUACGGAGAUGUGUUCGGAACCAACUCGGUUGACUUUCAGGCCAAAGCAGAGGAGGAAGAAGUGGAUCAUGGAACAUGGGGCGAGUUAGAGCCGUCUGACGAAGAAUCUUCAGAGGAGGAAGAGGAAGAGGAGAGUGACGAGGAGAAACCAGACGAAACGGGUUUCUUCACACCUGCAGACAGCGGGUUGAUCACUCCCGGUGGGUUCUCCUCGGUUCCUGCCGGCAUGGAAACUCCAGAACUGAUUGAGCUCAGGAAGAAGAAGAUCGAAGAGGCCAUGGACGGAAACGAGACGCCUCAGCUGUUCACAGUGCUGCCAGAGAGGAAAACUGGACCAGUGGGAGCUGCUAUGAUGGGUUCCACACAUAUCUACGACAUGUCUGCGGCGGCGGCGGCGGCGCGUAAGGUGGCACCAGGGAUGGGCGGAGACGUGCAGGGUGUGGAAGUGGCUCUGGCUCCCGAGGAGCUGGAGUUGGACCCCAUGGCCAUGACGCAGAAGUACGAGGAACGUGUCAGAGAACAGCAGGCCCAAGUGGAGAAAGAAGAUUUCAGCGACAUGGUGGCCGAACAUGCAGCCAAACAAAAGCAAAAGAAACGCAAGGCGCAGCCGCAGGACACCCGUGGUGGAGCAAAGAAAUAUAAAGAGUUCAAGUUUUAACCCCACAGAGAGCUUUGAAGACCACAUUCAUGCUUCAUUCUUGUCAUUUUUUUUAACUGAUUAAAUGCUGUGGAUUCACCUUUCAUAUGUUUGUAUGUGUAACCUUACAGCGAGUAACUCUUUUUUUCAUUUAGGGUCAAUGUUUUUGUAAAUAAAAAUGCUAGUCUGUGACGAA